AUGGGUAACGGGGAACCGUUGGAUUUGUAUAAACUUUUCAUGGUGGUGAAGAAGAAAGGUGGCUAUGAUGCUGUUUGUAAGAACAGUUUGUGGGAUUUGGUGGGGGAAGAAUAUGGGUUGGGGGUGAAGGUUGGUUCCUCUGUGAAACUUGUUUACAGCAAACACUUGAGUACUCUAGAGACAUGUUUGAAUGAUGUUGCUGGUCUUAAGUUUGUUGAGUGUGGAUUAGAAGAUGGUAGAGUUAAGUUUCACAAGCAUUUGACAGAGGCACACACUGAAUCCAUGGUAGAUGAUUCUGGCGAGGCAGGAGAUGAACUUGAUAGGAGGGAGUAUGGCUGUCCGGAUGGAAGGAAGUUGUAUGGUUAUAAUAGAGUCAAGAGUGUGAAAUCAGAUUUCAAUGGGGCUGAACAUGAGAGUGCAUAUGAAUAUCUAGAUGUGAGUAAAUCAUGUGGUAGUAAUAGUGUGAAGGAAAAAAAUUCAGAUUCUAACGGAGGUGAAUUUGAUAAUGUAUGUGACUAUCUGGAUGGGAGAAAUUCAUGUGGUACUAACAGGGGGAACAGGGUGAAAGUGGUGAAUCCCGAGUCUAAUGUGACCAAGAAAACUUGGAGUUCAGGAUUUGUUGAUUUGGACAUGCUAGACGAUCAUGAGACUGGUGAGCCUAUUACAGUAAAAUUUUGUGGCUUUAAUACUGAAAUGGAUAUACUAGAAGAGUUUGAUGAGAACAAAAUAUUAACUGUGGAUGCAUCUGAUGCAGAAAGUGACAUGCUUAGAUUGUCAGAUGGAAGCAAGAGCUGUGACGAUGAUAGUGAUGAAGUCUUGAUAUUGGAUCCUUCUUGUGUUGACAAAAAGAAAUUUGGUCGAAAGAGGAAGAGAGAGUCUACCUCAGAAAUGCUAACGUGGGUUACUACUAUUGCCAAAAAUCCUUGUCAUCCUGCAGUUGGUUCAAUUCCUGAAAAGUCCAGGUGGAAGUCCUACAGUAGUAAGGAGAUCUGGAAGCAGACUUUGUUGCUUCGCGAAGCUGUCUUUUUGAAGAAAGAUUUUGAGACAAUAAGUGAACAACUUACUUGGCAGAGUCAGAAAAUGCAUCCUUCCAUGUAUGAUGAUCGCAGUGGGACAAUGUACAAUUUUAGACAGAGGUUGAGAUGUGACAAAAGAAUUUUAUGGGGAAAAUCUACAUCAGAUGGAGUCUCCUCAUCUUCAUCUAGAGGAAGAACACAUAGAGGUUUGCUAAGAACCCAAAACAUUCGUGCUGAAGAUCGGGCAGCAGUCAAAAAUUUACUUGAGUCUGGUAUUACACUCUCAAGUGUUGAUAAAUGUGCUCGAGUGCACAUUCCUGUGGGACCAAACCAUCAAGCUGAAGUACCAAAAUGGACUGGUAUGACUUGUGAGAGUGAUUCUAAAUGGUUGGGGACCAAAAUAUGGCCUCCAAAGUUUGAAAUUUCCAAAUGGCGUAUUGUUGAAAGGGACCCUAUUGGAAAGGGAAGGCAAGAUUCAUGUGGCUGCCGUAUACAAGGUUCUGUUGAGUGUGUACGGUUUCAUGUUGCUGAGAAAAGGUGUAAAGUUAAGAUGGAACUGGGUGAGGCUUUUUACCAAUGGAAUUUAGAUAAGGUAGGUGAAGAAGUUAGGAGUUCUUGGACAGAGCAAGAUGAGAAAAAGUUCAAAGAUGUGGUUAAAUCAAAUCCUGCAUCACUUGAUAAACGCUUUUGGGAUCAUCUCUUUAAGACAUUUUCUAAGAAGAGUAGAGAAGAUUUGGUCAGCUACUAUUUCAAUGUCUUUCUUUUGCAGCGCAGAGCAUAUCAGAAUAGGCAUACACCAGAUAACAUUGACAGUGAUGAUGAUGAAUCAGAAUUCACACCAUUGAGGAAAGUGUUUGGACAUCAAGCAUCAAAGUCACAUAGCAUCACUUUGUUAUCCCCAAAAAAGUCCACUGGAAAAAUUUGUAAGUGA